AUUCAAAACUAGUUGGCUCGAGGGGAAAGAAGUGUAGACUGUUAGUUCUAAAAUCCAAGCCCAUGGUAUUACGAAGGGUACAGUUUCCCACGUAUUGCUUGUGUUCAUUAACUUUGUACGUUUUCAUUCAUUCGAACGAACGUCUUCUCAACUUUACUUUGGACGGAGCAGCUUGAAAGGUACUCAUCAUGUUAUGGAAAGAAACAUUCUUAUCACUGUGGAUUCCAGUUUUAUUUUCUACAAUCAACUCGAGUAGUAUCAGCAGACGACGUCGAGACUUUGCUUUUCCCGAUGAUUCAUAUGAUGAAAACAAAUGUUCUACACCUAAUAUUCCUGAAGGAGUCUGCAAAAAUGUUUUGCAAUGUGAGGAACUCUUAAGGAAGAACGAUUUCGAGUUCCUCAAGCAAGCAAUCUGCGGUUAUGAAAGUAAAAUCCCCUUCGUCUGCUGUCCAACAUCUGGCCCCUCUUCAACCCCCAAACCAGAAAUUACAACAAAUGCUCCGACUGAACCUACACCCACUCUAUUGCCACCUACUCUACCAGCUCGUUGUGGUUUACGUAAUGCAACAUCAACCAAAAUUGUAGGUGGACGUGAGGCAGAAGUUGGAGCUUGGCCAUGGAUGACUGCUGUCUACAUUAAAGAAGGAAAUUUCAAAAGUGCUCAGUGUGGGGGCGCUCUAGUCACCAACAAACACGUGAUAACAGCAUCUCACUGCGUCGUAAAUAGUGCAGGAACAGACGUGUUACCUGCAGACGACUUUUCAGUUCGACUAGGUGAACACAACUUGUUCAGUACCAAUGAUAGUUCUAAUCCGAUUGAUUUUCCAAUCAAGUCAGUGAAGCAUCAUGAAGACUUUGAACUCAAGACGUACAAGAAUGAUAUUGCUAUUUUGACGAUAGAUGGCACUGUUACGUUUACGGAAAGAAUACAUCCAAUAUGUCUGCCAUACAAUAAUUUACGAUUGGAAGAUUUAGCACUAAGAAAUCCUUUUAUUGCAGGAUGGGGAACAACAGCAUUUAAUGGUCCUAGUAGUGCAGUAUUGCGGGAAGUUCAGAUACCUAUUUGGGAACAAGAGAACUGUCGAGAAGCUUAUAAAAAGGACGUAAAUAUAACCAAUGUUUACAUGUGUGCAGGGUUUGCAGUAGGUGGCAAAGAUGCCUGUCAGGGAGAUUCCGGAGGUCCGCUCAUGUUGCCCCAUGAAUCUAAAUUCUACCUUAUCGGAAUCGUGUCUUUUGGAAAGGGGUGCGCGCGGCCUGGAUUUCCUGGAGUAUACACUCGAGUGACGGAGUUUUUAAAUUGGAUUGCAGUUAAUUUGGUGUAGAUAAAGAGGGGGUUAUCAGCAGAAUAAAGAACUUGUUUUAGAGCCUAAAUAAUCACAUAUUUUUCACUUA